AUUCGAGUAAAUUUGUUGUGAAUUAAAAAGAUAAAUCUGAUAAGAUAUGAAGAUAUUCGAACUUAGACCGGAUUCAAACCUGCUCAAGUGUAAUUUUGAUGGAUAUAAACUGUCAUUAGAGCCUAUUCCAAUUCUCAAGAGUGAAAACAUUCCAAAACCUGAUCGAGUGCUACCAGACACAUCUUCUGAGUAUUCGUUUCUUCAUAGCAGUUUAUAUCAAUUGCACAACCAUUUAGUUGCUGAUCCAUGGCUUCAUCAUUGUGCUUAUUAUAUUGAUGUAUCAUUUGUCAUUCAUAAAAUUCAAUAUGACACAACCGUCGGGAGAGUCAAACAAUUAACACCGGUCUACAGAUGUGCCAUUAAGAGACCUUCAAACAGUGGUGGAAUUUACAACAGCUACUUAAAAUUCAUUUCAGAGAAAUAUGCAGUUUUAAGUGAUGGUAUUGGAGGAUUAAGAAUUUUAGAUACCGGUGAUCGUCAAAAGAACAACGAAUGGAAGGAAAUUAAAGUUUAUCAACCUUUAAAUUCGUCUGGUUUUAUCAUACAAGAUGCAAAAUUCGCUUUUGAAAAUGGAGUAAAAACGAUUCACAUGUUAUUGCAGCUUAUUGAGCAAAUUGACGGAAAAUUCCAUAACAUUAUUCAUUGGUUAACUUAUGUUGAGGAUGGAAACGAUAAAAAUUGGAGAGAAGCAGGUAGAAGAACACUCCAAGGCAAAGGAAGUCUACAUUAUCUCUCAUUAGAUCCAAAGUGUAAAGCUUUCGUGUACUCAUCUAAUUAUGAAUAUAAAUAUACAAAUGAUUCAUUUAAUGAGAUUAUAGAAGAAAUUCCAGUAGUUGAUGAAACAACUGAAAAGCCUCAAAACGAAGAAUCAGAAAAUUCAUUCACAUGGACUCAAAAUGGAGAAGAUAUUACAAUAAAUUUCAAUCAGCAAAACGAAAGAUCUAAAAAUGAGUUUCAAGUAAAAUGUGAGAAAAGUCACAUUGAAGUGAAAUACCAAAAUCAAGCUCUUCUCUGUUCUGAUCUUUUUGCUGAAGUUGACACGGAAAUGACAACGUGGAGUUUAGAAAAUGAUUUCAUGCAACUAAACUUAGUGAAGAAAGACACAGAACUUAUUUGGCCUUAUUUAAUUCCUGGUGGCCCUCCUGCUGAUUCGAUCAAUGAAAAGCAAUCAAUGCUGCUGAGUAGUGCGCCGAUUUCUGAUUUAAACACACAGAUGGAGGAAUGCGAUUAUGGUGAUGAUGGACAUCAAGAUGAAGAAUUCUUUAUCGAACGUCUCGAUGUUUGCACACAUAAAUCGUCUCACAAAGUUUUCCUUGCAUCGAAUCAUCCUCUCUUUUCUACAACAUUACGACCUGGAUAUCCACAAGCAGUGGCGGUGAGAAGUGAUGUUGAUUGUUGUUUAUGGCUUCAACAAGUUUCAUCGAACGAUGAAUGGUCAAUGAAACAUGAAUCAACACUUCAUGCCUUUGGAUAUAUUCAAGCAUCGAAAAGAGAACGAAAGUUCUUAGCUUGCUCACCAGACACAAAUCUUGCAGUUAUAUGCGAAUCGUCUCGUCAUCUUUUCAUCUACAAAAAUUCCUACAAUACAGCCGGUGGCUUGAGAAAACGUUCAGGACCUCAAUUGACUAUUGGACAGCAAAAACUUGUCUCGUUUGAUGGAUCCAAUGGAGAAAUACUUGGCAUAGUUGUUGAUAAUGAAAUAAUCUUACUAUUGACUGAGAAUGCAAUUUUAUGUCUGCAACUUAGCAUCGAAGAAUAAUUAAUUUUAUGAAUUCUAUU